GAUGCCCAACCUUGUACUCCUUCCACUUCGAUUACCUCCCUUCAAUUAGACCAACCAGAUAUUGAGGAUAUUGAUUUGACUGAAAAUGAAAUUAUUGAUGUUGAAAAUAGGAAAAACAACUUUGAAGAUAAUAUCGAAACUAUACAAACAGAAAAACAAAUAUUUCCAAAAUCUCCUUCAAUCGAGACAAGAACAACAACUCAAAGAAAAAGAGAUGCUUCGCCUAUUUCAAUUCCAGAAAGGCCAAUGAAAUUAUUACGUGUUGAUUCUGAUUCACUCAAAUUUUAUUUUCUCGAUGCUUUUGAAAAUAUUUACACAAAACCUGGGACAGUUUAUUUAUUUGGAUAUUUAAAUUCAACAGAUGUUAAACCCCAAAGUUGCUGCAUUACUUUAAGAAAUAUUACAAAACAAUUAUUUUUCCUAAAACGGGAAAUUUCUUUAUCUUCUAAAAACCCUGUAACAAAAGAUGAUCUCUUUUCUGAUAUACAAAAAACAUUCAAAACUCUUGGCAUUAAUGAAUUUGAAAUAAAGCCGGAGUGUUUUAUUUCGUCUGAUGCUUCUGUGCCUAAAGAAUGUCAAACAGUUGAAGUUUGGGCUAAGUGCAAUUUUGGGCGUAUCCCUACAAAUCUUUCUGGUGACUGUUUCAGCCAUGUGAUGAACACAACAACUACUGCUUUAGAACGUGUUCUCAUUGAGCGUGAAAUUUAUGGUCCGUGUUGGCUUGAAAUUCGAAAUGCUAGAAAAAAAGAAGAUGGGGAUCCUCACGUUUCCUAUUGCCAACAUGAAUAUUCUCUAAAUAUGGAUCAAAUGGAUUAUAUUUCUAUGUCCUCUACUUUACCCACUCCAUUACCUCCACCUUCAAUUACUUUAGUUGUUUUAAAUAUUUUAACUGCUUUAAAUCCAAAAACAAAGGACACUCAGAUUGUUAUGAUUUCUUUAAUUCAUCACUCCUGUAAUUUAGAAAUGUCUACAAAUUUUGAUCCAAAAUCUUUAAUAACUAAACGAUUUUGUGUUGUUUCAAAAUUCAACAAAGGAUUACCACUUCCAUUUGAUUUGGAGGACCAAUUAAAAAAUAAUGGAAUUUCAACAAUGGUUCGUAAAGUUGGCGAUGAAUUGUCGUUGUUAAACAUUUUCUUAUCAAAAAUUGCAGAACUUGAUCCAGAUAUGAUUUUGGCACACGAUUUAAACGCUCAAUUAACAUUACUUCAGACGAGAAUUGAAAAGUAUAAUAAACUUAAAAAAUGGGAUAGGCUUGGUCGAAUAAAGAAUAAGGACCAAAUUCAAAAAAUUGGUCGAUCGAAAUUUGCUCAAUGGGAAUUAACUGCUGGAAGGCUUUGUUUAGAUUCAAAGUUUAUUUUUAAAAAAUAUUUUAUUUUUUCAAUUCAUUUUAGGAUAGCUGCUUCUGAACUGAUACAUUGCCGAAGCUAUGAAAUGGAAGAUUUAGUUGAAACUUUAUUGAAAAUGAACAGACAAAAUCUUAGCACGGAACAAAUAUCAGAGCCUUUUUUAAUAACAAAUCCAAAAAUUAAAUUAAUUGAUUUAAUUAAAUGGAAUUGGAAUGAGAAUUUAUAUACACUUAAACUUGUUGAACAUCUUAAUUCUAUUCCCUUGUUUGUACAAAUUACACAAAUUGUUGGGGGAGUUUUGUCACGUACAUUAAUGGGCGGUCGUGCAGAACGAAAUGAAUAUUUACUACUCCACGCGUGCCAUCGAAACAAUUGCAUUCCACCUGAUAAAUUCAAUGACAAAAAAUUGCCUUCAAAAACUGGAGAAAAUAAUCAAGAAAUAAAUGAUGGAGAUAUUGAAGUAGUUGUGGAUACUGAACCUAUUCAGGAAGAAGAAAAUGAAAUAACUGUUCCCAAACAAGAAGAGAAAAUAACCAAAAAUAACAAAAAAACACAAUAUACCGGUGGUUUGGUUUUGGAACCAAAAAUAGGACUUUAUGAGACAUUUAUUGUACUUUUGGAUUUUAACAGUUUAUAUCCAAGUAUUAUUCAAGAAUUUAAUAUUUGUUUUACUACUGUUGACCAGGCUUUUGAUGAUUUGGCAGAAGUUGAUUUACCUAAUGCACCCGGCUCAAGUCGUCCAGAUGGAAUUUUAAAAAAUGAAAUUCGAAAACUUGUGAAUAGGCGAAAAGAAGUUAAGAAAUUAAUGAGUAAAGAGAAACACGAUUCUGAAAAAUAUCAACAAUAUAAUAUAAGGCAACUCGGUCUUAAAUUAACAGCUAACAGUAUGUAUGGAUGUUUAGGCUUCAAACAAUCACGCUUUUUUGCUAAAACUCUCGCAGCAAUGAUUACCUCAAAGGGAAGAGAAUUACUUUUGCAUGCAAAAACUUUGGUUGAGAAUGAAAACUAUUCUGUAAUUUAUGGUGACACCGAUUCUUUAAUGGUUAAUACAAAUACUACAAACUUUUUGGAAGCUAAACAAAUUGGACAAAAACUUAAACAAGUUGUUAAUAAAAAUUAUUCUCUUCUUGAAUUAGAUAUUGAUGGAAUUUAUAAAAGACUUCUUUUGUUGAAGAAAAAGAAAUAUGCUGCACUUUCUGUUGAUUUUAAUGAUGAAAAUUUAACUACAGCCGAAUUGAAAGGAUUGGAUAUUGUGAGGAGAGAUUGGUCCGAACUGGCUAAAGAUAUUGGAUUAGAGAUUGUCAAUUUAAUUCUUUCCUCAAUUGAUCGAAAAACACUUAUUGAACGAAUAACUUCUGUUCUAGCUUUACGACGAGAAGAUUUAGAGGAUGGACGAUUCCCACUAGAAAAAUUUGAAAUCUUAAAGCAAUUAACACGUGACCCCGCUGAUUACAAAGACAUAAAAUCACAACCACAUGCAGUUAUUGCACGCCGAUUGAAUGAAUCUAAAAAGUUUAGACUACGGCAGGGUGAUAUUGUAAAAUAUAUUAUUUGUACGGAUGGGACAAAUAACCCUCCAACUCAAAGAGGAUAUCACUCAUCUGAAAUUUUAGCUAAUGAAGAAUUGUCUGUUGAUAAGAAUUACUACUUGGCUCAACAAAUUCACCCAGUUGUCAUGCGACUUUGUGAACCAAUCGUUGAAAUAGAUGCCUAUAAAAUCGCAGAAAUUUUGGGCCUUGAUCCAUCUGGAUAUCGAAAAAGAAUUUUUGAGGUUAGUAAUGGGGGAUAUAACGCCGACACAUUUGGUAUAAGUAAAGAUGAGAAAAUUGAUCUUUCUGUUAUUUUUGCACCUUUUCUUAAAUAA